AUGCCGGCUGGAAUAACCAGCCUCUUCCAUCUUCGAUCCUCGCCGAUACUCCGCCGAACCCUUCAGAGAGCCGUUCAAGUUGCCCAUGUCCACACCCCGGGCCUCUACCCGGACCUAGAUCCAGAUUCAAUGUUGUCUAGAGCCAAGAAGGCCUACGAGGCCAACGCGCCUCCACCCACCAAGAACGACCUGGCCAAGCAGCUCUUCCCCUCGAGCAGUCCGAGUGCCACACAAAAUGGCAACAUCAUGAGCCAGUUCCAGAGGACAAGCCAGCAGGCCUCCUCUGCCGCCGUAUCGGCGAGGACCGCGGGGAACCCGUCGACGACCACGAACCAACCGAGGCCACCGCCUGGCCGCACAGCCAGUGUUACACACUUUGCGAGCAGCAGCCGAUCUGCUUUGGACUCUAUACCACAGCCAAAUGGCAAAUCUUUCGCUUCGCUAUAUUCCAGAUCAGACUCUUUUCGAGACGAGCCAGACACAGCUGUUGGAAUGGACACGCAAAACAAAGCCAAACCCGCAGUCUACUUUGCCGAGGACGAUUUUAGCGAUGACGACCUUCUCGACCUCGACUUUGAGGCACCCGCCGCUCUGCCUCCGCUUCCCAAGCCCCAAGUCAAGGAGGAGACGAAAGCUCCCCGGCCGCAAGUCACCGAGCCAGAAUCCGGAAUACCCUCGACCCAACACGUGCCCUGGUCAUCAUCACCUGCUUCUCACUUCGUCCACCCUAAGCUCAGCCGCGAGAAUUCAAAUCGAACGGCGUCUACCGAGACCUCUCUGAAGCGCGAAUCACCGGACCAAUUGGAUUCCCUUUUGCCUCCGCAGCCAAAGAAGCGUCGGCUUCCGAAGAGUUGGAAGGUCGAAGAGGAGGAGGACGUCAUAAAACUGGAUGAAGAAGAUGAGCCUGAAGUCUCCAUGUGGGCGCCGGGUGGCGUCACACCCGCUCCCAAGAAGAAGAAGGAGACUUGGAACAUGACUGCGAGUGCCCUGAAGGAACAGAAGAAGCAACUCAAAAUUCAAGCCAAGAAAUCCGCCGAUGACGAAUGGAGCAUGGACGAGAUCCGGAAAGAGGUCAUGCAAAGCAAUAUGCCCAAGGUAAAGGCGACUGCGAUCGCAUUGACCAAAGAGCAAAAACACGUCCAGAAUCUUGUCGUAAACAAGGGCCAAAGCGUUUUCUUCACAGGUCCCGCAGGAACCGGCAAGUCUGUUCUGAUGAGAUCCAUCAUCACGGAGCUGAAGAAGAAAUGGGCGAGAGACCCGGAAAGGCUGGCUGUCACGGCGUCUACCGGUCUUGCAGCAUGCAAUAUUGGAGGCCAGACGUUACACAGCUUUUCUGGAAUCGGACUCGGAAAGGAAGAUGUUCAGACUUUGGUCAAAAAGAUUCGACGCAACCCGAAGGCCAAGAACCGCUGGCUCAGGACGAAGACACUAAUCAUGGACGAAGUGUCCAUGGUCGACGGCGAGCUAUUCGAUAAGCUUUCCCAGAUCGGGAGGACUAUCAGAAACAAUGGCAAACCCUGGGGUGGUAUUCAGCUUGUAGUCACAGGCGAUUUCUUUCAACUGCCUCCUGUUCCCGACGGCGACAAGUCAAGGGAUGCCAAGUUUGCAUUCGAAGCAGCGACGUGGAACACGGCUAUUGACCAUACCAUUGGGCUGACGCAAGUCUUCCGACAAAGGGACCCAGUUUUUGCCAAUAUGCUUAACGAAAUGCGCCUUGGACGGAUCAGUGAACAAACCGUCCAGGCUUUCAGGAAGUUGACUCGGCCAAUCGUAUCUGACGAUGGACUCGAGGUGACGGAACUAUUCCCUACCCGAUGGGAAGUCGAGAACUCCAACCAAGCUCGCCUGCGCAACCUUCCUGGCAAACCCCACAGAUAUGAUGCCAGCGAUGGCGGAGACGCAAAUGUGCGCGACAAGCUGCUCCAGAACAUGAUGGCGCCCAAGACUAUCGAACUCAAGGUAGGGGCUCAGGUCAUGCUGAUCAAAAACAUGGACGACACGCUUGUCAACGGGUCGCUGGGAAAGGUCGUCAAGUUCAUGAGCGAGGGCAGUUUCGAGUCCUGGACCAUGCCGGAGUAUGGAUCCGAUGUUGAUGUGGACUCGGAAGACAAGGCAAAGAAGAAGAUCAAAGCCUUCAGUAGGGAAGUUGAGGAAGCGACCAGCGGAACGACCGAAUUCCCAGUCGUUGAAUUUGCUGCGGUGGACGGGACAACGCGCACUAUUCUUUGUGUCCCCGAAGACUGGAAGGUCGAAACACCAACGGGAGAGGUGCAAGCCAGCCGUAGUCAGCUACCUCUGAUCCUUGCUUGGGCACUUUCGAUUCACAAAGCGCAAGGUCAAACGUUGGAACGCGUCAAAGUCGAUCUCGGCAAGGUCUUCGAGAAGGGCCAGGCGUACGUUGCGCUCAGUCGAGCAACCUGCCAAGACGGUCUACAGGUACUGCGUUUCCAGAAGGACAAGGUUAUGGCUCACCCUAGGGUCAUACAAUUCUACAACAAGCUGUACAGCGCCGAGGUGGCCGUUGCCAAAAAACCACCGAGUAUGGCCGACUUUUUACACAAAGAAGAUGACGCAAAAGAGAAGAAGAAGAGCCAAGGACCUAGCUCGAGGUCCCAGUCAUUUGUGAGAAAAGGCGUUGAGGUGAUCGAUCUUGAUGAUGAAGAAGAGGCAAUGGCGAGCUACGGAUACUAG